UCCCCUGCAUGCAUAGCCAUCUCAACCAACUCCUCCAACUCUCCUGCCUCAUCUCCUCCUCCUACAACAUCCCCGUCCGCUACGCCACCACUGCCACCCACCUCCGCCAGGUCAAACUCCGUUUCAACUCCCAAACUCACCUCCAAAACCCCCAUAUCCACUUCCACGAAUUCCCCCCCUCCUCCGGACCCGAAUUCCUCCUCCAAAUUCCCUUCACAUCUGCUGCCUUCCUUUGAGGCUUCCAUACAGAUUCGCGACCCCGUGGUGGCGCUCCUGCGGGAGAUCUCCAACACCGCCACGCGGGUCGUUGUAAUCCACGACUUCAACAUGGCUUAUGUGGUUCAGGACGUUGCCACCAUUCCUAAUGCAGAGUCCUAUAUCUUUUGCUCUAUUUCUGGUUUCUUUAUGUCUUUCAUAUCAUUGAAAGAUCAUGAAUCUUUCCAUUCAUUUGAAGAACUGAAAGGGCUAUCAACUAUCCAAGGCGAUCUAACUCCGGAGGUCCUAAAAUUUACCACUCUUCAAGCUGAUUUUCGGUCGCUAGCCGCUGGAACCAUAUUCAACACUCAUGCAGAUCAAUUGAAGGUAUUGUUUGAAUAAUUAUAGUUGAAGUAG